ACGUCGAAAUCUACGCACAUUUUUUUUAACAAUGCUGUUGUAAAUAAACGAAUGACAGAGACACUGCUGAUAGUAAAAUUGCUACCAAAAUAUAUCAUCGAUACGGAUACACGUUACUCGGCUGUGUAUCAAGCCUUGCGUCGCUACGUUGAUGUCAUUCCCACCUGCCAGUUUGCUGCCAGCCACUAAAGUCAGACUGUGUCGACCAGCACAGGUAGCUGGUGGCCGAUGCCACGGGCUCCACCUGCCGAGAGAAGAGGACUGUCAACCUCAGAAAAAGCUACCGAGUUGGCCUUAGCACACUUUCCUUCUUCCCCCCUAUUGCUUUUGGACUGAGUAGGGAGAGCCUGUGGACUCGCCAACUGUGAAGAUUGUCAUGUCCGAUUUAAAUAAAGAGGUGGUGGAUUUGGUUUGGGGGAGACCUUCAAGUGGAGGAGUGUCUGCCUCCAUCUUCCGUAGAUGGGCCCAAGGAUUUGUUUUUUGUGAGAAUGAGCAUACGGCACUGGAGCAGUUUGAAGGAGGGCCGUGCGCUGUCCUUGCACCGGUACAGGCUUUCAUCCUAAAGAACAUUGUCUUCAACCGAGACAGUUCCAACUGGAGACAGAUGACGGAGGAGGAGCAAAAAACAGCACUGUGUUCCACGCUGAGUGAAAUCCUGGAGUCAGCCUGCUCCAGGCCUUCCACAGGGUUCUGCCUGGUGACUUGGGCCAAGGGACAAGGCCCACAUACUAGCACACACAAUAACACACAGGCACAGUCCCAACCGCAGGACAUGCCUGUGCCAGAGGGCAGCCAGCCGCCACCAGAACAGCAACCCACUGCCUUGGCUGCUGAAGAUCUUGGCUUUGAGCAAUUCCACAGUGCUCUCCAUAAGCGGAAUAUAAUGUCAGUGUCAAGUCUCAGAGAGGAGGUGUUGUCUCUCUACCACACCUGGAGGGGGUGCUGUGGAGUCCUGCUAUUCCUCUAUUCCGUUAUCCUCACCAAGGGCAUAGAGAAUAUAAAAAAUGAGAUCCAGGACACAAUGGAGCCUCUCAUAGACCCUGUGCACGGCCAUGGCAGUCAGAGUCUGGUGAACCUCCUUGUAACUGGCCAUGCUGUCUCUAAUGUCUGGGAUGGAGACCGGGAGUGCUCUGGCAUGAAACUGCAUGGUAUUCAUGAACAGGCAUCAGUUGGUUUCCUCACACUUAUGGAAUCCCUCCGCUACUGCAAGGUUGGAACAUUCCUCAAGUCUCCAAAGUUCCCUAUUUGGAUCCUUGGCAGUGAAACUCACCUCUCUGUGUUUUUUGCUAAGGAGAUGUCCCUGGUGGGGCCAGAGUCUCCAUCAGAACAGGCGCGGAGGGUCUUCCAGUCAUUUGAUCCCGAAGAUAAUGGCUUCAUCCCCGAUUCUCUGCUAGAGGACGUGAUGAAAGCCCUUGACCUUGUCUCCGAGCCUGAAUAUGUCAGUCUGGUGAAGAGCAAACUGGAUCCAGAGAAUUUGGGCAUUAUUCUUCUUGGACCGUUCCUGUUGGAGUUUUUCCCUGAUCAGGAUUCAGGAAUCCCAGACUCAUUCCCCGUCUACCACUACAACGGACUCAAACAGUCCAACCACAACGAGAGGGUGGAAUACGUAGAAGGAACAGCUUUGGUUCUGGGUUUUGAGGACCCAAUGGUGCGGACGGACGACACUCCGGUCAAGCGCUGCCUACAGACCCGGUGGCCCUACAUCGAGCUCCUGUGGACCACCGACCGCUCCCCCUCACUGAACUAGCACUCCCAGUCCGUGUGUCUGUGCACGUGGACGGACCCCUACUGCUCCACACAACACACAGCCCUCUCCAACGUCCCCACUGCACACUCACCUCGAAGGGACGGCAGGUUUCAACUGAGACAACAUCAACAUAUACAAUAGAGACGAAUGAGAGGGGAAGAACACAAAUGGCCACAAGAGACGGAGAAGAACACAUUGAAUGACUGAGAUCCAUUCCUCUAUUCUCACUCACACAUUCCACACAAAUUCUAUUCUAUUCUUGCUUCUAUUUGACACAGGAUGUUGUUGAUGUAAUUAUUUAAAAGAGAAAUAAAAAAUUAACUGUUUAUUAUAACACUCUGCUACUGUAGACGGAAACUGGACAGCAAACCGGUUCAGGGCGACUUCAGCGUGACACCAAAAAACGCACACUGAACCGCAUGUAAAGCCACUCUGCUGUUGAUCCAGCCACAGGACUGUUUUAGGGAAAACCUACCAAAGCCUUCCACAUUUGAGAACACAUACUCCGUAACACCAACUGAUAAGCGUUUACAGCGUAAAAGGGACCAACCCGGGCGCAUGGAACAGAAGGUUUCUUCAUUCUUUUCACUGAGAUGAAGCUGGUUUUGGUGCUCUGUGUGUGCGUGCUUUGUGCAACACACAUUAGAUGUUGGCCGAGUGUUCAUGUAUUUAUUAUCACACUCAAAGGUUCCGGAAUAAACACUUCUUUUGUUCAAAUG